AUGAGUUCUCCGACUCCAAGUAUCCACGCCACUUCACCACAUACUGGCAUUGGCCAUGACGACGGCGUCGUUCCAGUAUUCUCUCCACAUGUGACCGGUGGCUUCCUUGCCUAUCAAGUAGCGUCGGUGGAGGUCGGUGUACCGAAAGAGGAGUAUGCCAAGGAGCUAAUCAAGCCGAGUGGUCUCCGCGAGACAUUGGCUAAGACCAAGAGCGCUCUCGGCGAGACGCAAUUCAACGUUCGGGCGUUGGAGUCGGGUCACACCCGGAUUAAGGUCCAGUUUGACAUCCUGAUUCGGAUUCAGCAACCGAUGGAUAGGCCAACUCCGGCGACGCAAGCGCCUCCAAGUUUACGUGGGAUGGAUCCACAUGCCAUUUAA